AUGGAUCUAUGGGGUCAGAUGAUGCAUCGUAUGAUGAAUGACUACUUUCGCGACUUCAAUCGUUGGGACAGAAGCCUCUAUCCAUAUUGGAGACAUGCCGACCAUUCAGUGAUGCACGUGGCUGAUGAAACUCAACAGGUUGUCGACGAUGACAAAAAGUUCGCUGUCUCAGUCGAUGUGUCUCAGUUUCACCCGGAAGAGUUGAAAGGUGAAUCUCGAUGGUCGUCAUUCAUUCGCAAAUGGACACUACCGGAAACAGUGAAUCUUGAAGCUAUCCGUACUCAACUCAGCGAUGCUGGCCAUCUAUCCAUCGAGGCACCGAAAGUAACCGCGACAAGCACCCAGCGACGCACGAUCCCGAUAGAGAGAGCCCCUUCCCAGUGA